AUGUCUUGCUCAUUCGCCAGCAACAACACCACCGCCAUGAUACACGACAACGCCGUCGCUUCCCAGACCAUCCCGAGAACCAACGGAGUUGCGAAGCAAGGUGAACCCGCGCCCGUCGCGCAACCGCCGCAGCGCACCCUGCCAGAUAUAUGCUACGAGCUGCGGGGCAAGAUCGAUGCCUUCCUUACCGAGGACAUCACCAACGACAAUGUCUUGCGCAAUGUGCAGAGCCAGAUUCGGGUGUCCAUUGGCGUGAUCGAGGAGGCGCUGCGCCAAUAUGGGCUCGAUCACCUCUCUCUCUCGUACAACGGCGGCAAGGACUGUCUCGUGCUUCUGAUUUUAAUCUUGGCUUGCUUGCCAACUUGCAUCAGCCCGCCGACUUCCUCUGGGAGUGUUGUCGCAGCCCCGUCCGAGAUUCCGACUCCGCCAUCACAACCGCCGACGUCGGAACCCGUUGAAUCGGCUCACAGCUUCCACACAAACAAGUCCCUCCAGUCGAUAUACAUUGUUUCUCGUCAUCCGUUUACCGAGGUCGAGGAGUUUGUGGAGAGAACGGCGCAGGAGUACAAUCUCGACCUGAAACGGUAUGCGCUACCAAUGCGGCCCGCGCUCGAGGCAUAUUUGCUGGACCGUCCCGCGAUCAGAGCCAUAUUUCUCGGGACAAGACGGACCGAUCCCCAUGGGGAGUUUCUCUCGCACUUCAACCCCACUGAUGCGGGCUGGCCGCAGUUUAUGCGCAUUCAUCCUGUGAUCGACUGGCAUUAUGUUGAAAUCUGGGCAUUUAUCCGGCAUCUUGAUAUCCCAUUUUGCGAUCUUUACAACCGUGGCUUCACGUCCCUUGGCGGCGUCACUGAUACCCGUCCGAAUCCCGCCUUGGCUGUAGGCGAAGGCGCAUCUAAAUUCCGGCCAGCGUAUGAACUUCGGGACGAUGACGAGGAGCGCCUUGGCCGAGACUCAUAA